GCUGCUAAGGGGGAAAAGUUUUUUUUAAUUUUUUCUUUUUUUCUUUUUAACGGAGCUCCUCUGCCGGGGUCUCCUCCUCACCUGAUUUGAACGCCUCUCCCCGCCGGUGCAGAGCCUCUCCCGCGGGCCCCCACGGCGGUCAGGAUGGGGACACCGGGAGCUCUGCCUGCUUGGAAAGCCACGAUUUUCUUCUUGAACUUAAUCUCCGCUUCUGUGGCCAAAAGACACGUCGUGUAUUGGAAUUCUACAAACACAAGGUUAACGGCAGGAGAUCUGUCCGUCCAGGUGAAUCUGAAUGACUACCUGGACAUUUAUUGCCCCCACUACCCCGACAAGGGGACCCAGGGCCCCGGGCAGCCGGAGAUGCCGGCCCUCUACCUGGUGGGAGAAUCCUCUUUCCAGGGCUGUGUGGAGACAAAAGGGGCCAUCAAGCGGUGGGAGUGUAACAACCCCCAUGCUCCGUUUGGACCAGUGCGCUUCUCCGAGAAGAUCCAAAGAUUCACCCCCUUCUCGCUGGGGUUUGAGUUUCUGCCAGGACGCCACUACUACUACAGCUCUCUACCCGCAGAUGAAGGCCCUCCUCUGCCAUGUAUGAAGUUGCGUGUCACCGUGUGCUGUGAGUCCACAUCAGAGGGUUCAAAACAAAUACAAGAAACUGUAAGUGAAAGUCGAGGCUCCUCCCCGAGGACAGCUUCCCCUCCUCUCCUCCUCCUCCUCCUCCUCACCCUCCUCGUAUUGCUGACCACCUGACUUCCUCCUCCGUCCUCACCGCUGACCUCGCAUCCGUUCUCCCCCAGAUUGGGAGAUUUAAGUACACAAGUACACAAUGCAAUCUACACUCAGACAGGGAAUGACGCAAUGCAAUCUACGCUAAGAUACUGCAAAUGACAGAUAUUACCUUGUGGCUGGUUAACCUGUGAAAUUCCAGAAAGAGUCCGUUUCUUAUCCAGAAUGAUACUCAGGGACCGACACACCGAAUCACAGUGAUUCAUUUCUUGUUAUUUUUUCUUCUCCCGCCAGUUGUGUAAGCAGUAACACAGAAUAUUACACAUAGUGUAGUCAUAAGACUCACAGCCCACUCUGAUGCCAGAAGAACAAUGAGUCUGCCAGGAUGUUUUCACUUUUUUAUCUCCGUUUCUCAUUUUUUGUUCUUAUUCUGUUGUAUUUACUUAUUUUUGAGAGCCUGGCUCCUGUUAAGAAGUGGCCACAUAAACACAUGCUACUCUACUGAGUGGCUCAGCGUGGAGGUCAGUCAGCUUUGUGGCUCUACAUGGUGAUACAUAAACAACUGACACAUUUUAACUGUCUCAGUGGCAUCUGAUUUAGAUAAAUGUGUUUUAAAAAAAAGUUUUUAACUAAUUAGAUUUUGGAAAAUAAAGGUGUUUUAGGAGCAAUUGCGGAAUAUUCUGGAAUAAUCAAGCAGGGCUGCUGCGCCCCCUACUGGGAUUUAACUGGUUUAACUGGAGUUGGACUGGGUUGGCCAUGAACUGGACACAUAAGCUGGACACUAGUGCUGCAUGGUUACAGUGGGACAUGGGACAGAGUUUGUCCUCUCUGAUCCCUGUUGUUCUGCAUCCCCACUCAUCUCUCUGCUUCAGAAUAAAGCGCAGAACAGAGGGGUUUAUGGGUAAAUGGAGAGCAUCGGCUCGCCUCGCUCCACUGAACACACUACGGACCACUGAGGAGGUUGAUUGGUGACCAACCAGGUGUGCAAAUAUGCACACAAGCUUUUUGUUCUUGUUGUUUUCUGUUUAGUUUUUUUGCGCAGGAUCCUUGGUUUUAGGUUUUACUUUAUAGUUAAUAUAUUCUACAAAAUGAGAUAUAUUAACUACAUAAUUCAACAUUUUAGUAGGAACUGAUCGCUGAUCUGUAAGUGCAAAAGUCUGACACCAACAAUGAUUUAUAUUCUGGAUAUAUAUAUAUAUAUGCAUUUUCUGGUAUUUUCAAUAUGCUUUGCUACAAUGUAGUUUCACAAAUUAAAUGAUUUGAUGAUUUUUUGCCAAACAUUAUUUUAAGAAAUCGCUCUAAAUAACAUUGAUUUAAAAAAUGGAUCAAAAAAAUAUCAUAAUGAAUUAACAAUUCAUUCAUUUUUUUUAAUUGAAAUUUGAGAUAAUGUAGAUGUGUAUUUUUCAUUGAAAUUAAAUUUAUAUAUUUAUAAAGUGACAUCAUUAUUUCCCCACAAUUUGAGUGACUUGAGCUCAGAAAAUUUAUAUUUUAAUUGUUUCAUUUAUUAAAGAAUUUAUUCUAUCUUAAAAAAAACAACUACAUUGUUAGCACUUAAUAUAUUUGUCAUCAUGCUGUAAAUCACACCAGUCAUGCUAUUGUUGUUUUUUUACGUUUACUUCCUAAAUGGGGGAUAAAACCAAUGUUUGAAAAUGCAGAAUCAUUUCAAAGAUGUAGACUUUUACAAUCAUGUACAACUAGGAAUUUGUUUUUCAUUUCUUUACGUGUGUGUAACGUGUUCUGCUUUCACAUUUUAGUGAAGAAUGUAGCUUCUUCUGUGAAGAGCCAACUGCAAUCUGAGCCUUUUUUUGUACGUGGCAAGAC